GAUGACAUCACCACGGUGAUAGGUGUGCUCGCUAAAUGCGGAAACGAGCGUCAGUGCCUUAGAUUUCCCAGCAAGCAGGUCAAUUGGACAAGACAAACAUGUGGCCGAAUCAAGGACCUCCAGUUCAGCCGCCCAAUCCUGCAUUUCCUCCACCUCAAUACCCCUCAUAUCCAGCCAUGCCCAUCCCAGCUCACCCACCCGGACAGAACCCUGUCUACCCACCAGGCACGAAUCACCCCAUGACCAUGCCUUACAUGACCCCAAACCAACAUCCCUUUCCUCCAGCUGCCCCUGGUCCGCAUGCACCAUUUCCUGGUGUAGGAUACCCUUGUCCUGUCCCGGAGAUUGGAGGACACCCAGCAGGUAUGAGUGUGCCUGGUCAUACGAAACACAAGAAGAUGAAGAAGAUGAAGAAAGGCAAGAAGGCUCAUAAAGUUAACAAGGAACACAAACACAUGAAGCAUGGCAAGCAUUCCUCUUCGAGCAGUAGCAGCAGCAGUGAUUCUGACUGAAGAUGAUGAUGCUUUUAUGCACUGAUUAUUUUCCUCCACUCAAUAAAUAGAUUUAUGUCUAAUUUCCAAAUGUCUGUGCAGAUAACUGACCAAGUGACCAUCCGCAUUAAAAUGGAUAAUCGUGGGGAUGUGAAGUACCAGAGUAAUUGUACACCAUAAUAAUAGUUAAAUACACUGAUCAUUCACAGCGUUAAAACCACCUGCAUAAUAUUGUGUAGGUCCCUCUCGUGUUGCCAAAACAGCGCCAACCCGCAUCUCAGAAUAGCAUACUGAGAUUAUAUUCUUCUCACCACAAUUGUACAGCGCUACCGUAGACUUUGUAAUUUCAAAUCUUAGUGGUUCUAGAUGGGCUGUUUGAUUGUUUGUGUAACUACUGAUCUCCUGGGAUUUUCACACACAACAGUCUCUAGAAUUCAUUCCAAAUGGUGCCUAAAACAAAAAAACUUCCAGUGAGUGGCAGAAAUGUGGAUGCAAAUGCCUUGUUGAUGAGAGAGGUCAACAGAGAAUGGCCAGACUGGUUCGAACUGACAAAGUCUAUGGUAACUCGGAUAACUGCUCUGUACAUUGUAUUGUGGUGUGAAGAAUAACAUCUCAGAAUGUGGGUGGGCACUGUUUUGGUGGCACAAGGGGGACCUACACAAUAUUAGACAGGUGGUUUUAAUGUUGUGGCUGAUCGGUGUAUUGUACUUUCAGUGUAGAGUGUAAUUGACUACAGUACAACAGUCACCAAAACAUUCUUUGACCUAAAGUCAAAGUCAAUUAUAAGUUGGAUAAAUUUGACUCAGUUUUGAACAACUAUAUUAUAUGUCAGACAUUUGCUUCAAUUUGUGAAUUGUGAUUUAAAUAUAUUUCUUUCCUUUUUAUGCAUCAAAGUUACUUCAUUGAGAAAGAUUCUUCACUCUCUUGAUUUCAUAAAUUUCUUCAGAUGAUACUUUUGGGUUAUUUUGAAUCCGCACUUAUAUUUUAAAGCUGAAGUGUGUAAUUUCUGUGCCUCUAGCACCAACAGAACAGAAAUGUAUAUUUUUAAAGCUUCUCUAAAUAUUCCCCUGUCUGCUGCAAAUCAAACAAGGAUAGUCCCGCCCCAGUUUCAUGCUAUUGGUUGAGUCAGUGUUGAUGUGUUGGGCUGGAUGGGCCACUGCACAAGAUUUUUUUAUAGUGCCACAAAGACACAGGGCUCUAUUUUUGACCACUCUAAGAGCAGUGCAACACACAAUGACUGUGCUCUUUGUCUUAUCUAAUUUUAAUGAGAGCACUAAAUCUGUGCAGUUUCUGUGCCAGCGCAAAUCGCAAGUGGGUGGGGGUGUUUGUGCUAUCUGUGGGAGUGUUUGCGCUGUCUGUGGGUGUAUUGUAUGUUAAUGAAGUGGCGCAAAGCACAAUUUGCUGUUUUCCUGAAAAAUGGGUCUUUGUGCUAAGAUGUUUUAGAAGCACAUCUAUUCUUGGUGCCAAUUCCAAAAUCAGUACUUGCAUUAUUAUAGUCAGGAGGUUCCACUAGCAUGUGGUAAUGUUAAUGUCCAAACUCUGAAAAUACAGUGAAACGUUAUAUUACGUCACUGUCAUAGAAAUAUGCCUGACAUUCAACAAGUCCAUAUUUCUAUUCUUAUAAUUCAUUGCAUUAAGCCAGUUUAUAUUAGGCCUUCUCACUUUUAUGGAGUUGCUGUCUUUGUUUAUUUCUUUCACUGGUUCUUGAUAGGGAAUGGAGUGGACUAUAUAAUAGGAUGCUGACAGUCCAUAGAAGAACCACAGAAUUAAAUGUGUAAAUGUCCCAUCCCAUUAGCGCUUUGCGAGCACAAUUUUGCCAAACCCACUUGUGCCUAGACUUAACUCAUGCUUGCACGAAAAUACCAAAACUUGAUGGCCAUGCCCACCUAUUUCACAUGUAUGAUGAAUCGCACAGUGCUGUGCAGAAGGCGUAGCAAUGCUAAAAUAUGGCCCACAGUUUUUAUAGUUGUCGAGAAAAUCAACAUACAGUACAAAUGGCUUAUAGUUGUUUCUGCAUAAUAAGCUAGGAUAGGAGAGUAUUUUAACUUUGAAAAGGUUACACACUACAGCUUUAACAUCACAAUUUAUGAAGAAAUUGAUUUUACAAUCUAUAAAAUAGUUCUGAAAUUAAUCCUGUAAUUUAUGUAGCCUUUCUAAGUGAAUGUGAUUAAUCAAGUGAUUAACUUAAAAUGCAAUUUAACACAUUUCAACUUGUUAAUUGUGUAAUAUGUUUAAUCUAAGUUGUAUAAUGUAUCAUGGCUAAUAAUGAGAAAGCACUGACAUGUUUUCAAUAAAUCAAUUUUCAACCUUA